GGACGAGGUGUUUGCAGGCCGAGCCAGGGCCGGCGUGGGCAUCAUCCGUCCCCCGGCAACCACGCCAAGCCAGACCGCCCCCACGGCCUCUGCUUCUACAACAACGUGGCCGUCGCCGCCAACAGGCUGGGAUGCCAAGGGUGCUGGUGGUGGUCUGGGAUGUGCACCACGGCAGCGGCAUCCAGCACGUGUUUGUGGCCGAGCCGAGGGUGCUGUACGUGUCCCUCCACCGCCACGACCACGGCCUCUUCUUCCCAUCCUCUGAGGACCCAAACUACGACGCGUGGGGACGGGACCUGGCCAAGGCUACAACAUUAACAUUACCUGGAACAAGAGUGGCAUGGGUGACGCAGAGGCUCUCACUCAGGUGGUGCUGCCCGUGGCCUACCAGUUCAACCCACAGCUGGUCCUGGUCACUGCCAGCCUUGAUGUUGGUGCGGGGACCCACUUGGAGUUUGCCGCGUGAGUCCCGAUUACGUUGGACAUAUGAUGGCCCUUCUGUCUGGCCUGGCCGAGGGCCGCAUGGUUCUGGCACUGGAGGGCGGCUUCAACCUCACCACUAUCAGCUACUGCAUGACGCUGUGUGCCAAGGCCUUGCUGGGGGAUCGGCUGCCCCCCCCUUGAGCCCCACCUGGUGCCCAACAAGAAUGCCGUGCAGACCAUCAAUGACGUCAUCCGUACCCACAGCCGCUACUGGCCGGCGCUCUGCUUCAAGUCUUUUCUUGUGGUUUGAGUCCUUGUGGUGCCUGACCCUGGGCAAGGUUACUUUCUUUACUGCCCUCACACUGCUCCUUGCCUCCCUGGAGCAGAGUCAGGGAGAGGUUGUCUACAUCUAG